AGUCAGAUGGAGGCAGCGGAAACUCUCUCAAUUGUACUGCGAAAGCCGAACAUGAGCACAGUACGCGCUCGACACGCACUCCGUGCUCUUUUCUUUUUCACGCAGGCAGACAGACACCUGUUCCGUCGUCUUUUCUAUCGUGUGGAUUAGCAUGGGGAGGCAGAUUGAUUGAUCAUGUCUAGCAGGCUGCGAAUGAAACGACGACCAGCUGCUCAACUCAAUUAAAGCCCAAGACGUGACCAUAUCGAUGCCUGCUUCACGUCAGCAUGUUGGGGUCCAAGAACGCCAGAACCUCCCGGUCGGACCCCCGCAUUUCACCUCUUGUUGAGCAUUAUGGAAAAACACCCACCAGGGCCUAUUUCCACUUCCAUGGAAAUGUGUUUUUGAGGUGGUCCCGGUUGAGCCUGUGGACCUUCUCCAAAGUCCAAGCGGCGGUCUUCCUGCUCAGUUUGACGCUGAGCUUCCUCAUCAUGUCUUCCUACGUCCUGACGUGGAGUAAGAAAGGACUCCUGUUGACGCCCUCUCCCUAUCACUUUAGAAGUGCAGACAUCCCGACCGAUACCACAGCAAUCGCUUCGGCAUCGGGCCACCCCUUAAAAAGGACGUCCGUAGACAUGAAGUUGUUGACGAGGAUGAUCCGAUCCAAACUGGAAUACCCACAGCGGAAGGUUCCGGAUGAGAAGGACAUCAUCGGCACGGACACUCAUUUGUUCUCUGCGAUCCCUCGUCACUUCCUGCCAGGCGUCAAAAGCCCGUGCUGGUACGAGGACUUUCCCGUGGAAAAGAUCCGAGAUCCGUACGGGGGGAACCUGUUCACCGUGCGAUCCAAGAAAUUCAAGAUCGUGUGUGACCGCCUGGCGUCCGCGUUCCGGCAUCGCCCCGACGCCGACGGCGGGCUGUCGCGCCUGCGCUGCCUGCCGUACUUCUACAUCAUCGGGCAGCCCAAGUGCGGCACUACCGACUUGUUCCACAGGCUGCUGCUGCAUCCCGAUUUCAAGUUCAACAUCAUGAAGGAGCCGCACUGGUGGACCAGGAAGCGAUUUGGUUACAUCCGUUUCAAAGAUGGCUUCCAGGAAAAUUUCCCCGUGGAAGAUUACCUGGACCUGUUUGACUUGGCUGCGUACAACAUCCAAGGAUCAAGCGCUGGAAAUUCCCCCGGAGAGCGACGGCGCCUCGCGCGGCUCAUAACAGGUGAAGCCAGCGCGUCCACCAUGUGGGACAACCAAGCAUGGAGUUAUCUCCAUGGUGACAGGGAGGAGGCAGAGCCACCCUUCCUGGCCCAGGACUUCAUCCACACGGUGCAGCCCGAUGCCAAAAUCAUCGUCAUGCUCCGAGACCCCGCAGAGAGGUUGUACUCGGACUACUUGUACUUCAAGAUGGCCAACAAGUCGGCCGAGGACUUCCAUCAGAAGGUGGUCGAGUCUGUGCAGCUCUUCCAGUCCUGCGUGUCGGAGAGCUCGCUUCGAUCCUGCGUCUACAGCACCGGCCUCUCUAACUCCAUGCCAGUCAGGCUGACUCUGGGCAUGUAUAUCGUCUUCCUGCUGGACUGGCUGACGGUGUUCCGCAGGGAGCAGAUUCUGGUUCUGCGGCUGGAGGACUACGCGGCAAACCUUCAAGGGACCAUAGAGAAAGUGUUUGACUUUCUGAAUGUAGGUCCUUUGUCCACGCAAGCAGAGGUAGCGCUGACCAAGCGGCCGUUGUCCAAUACCCGACGCGCGGCUGACAGGAGUCUGGGCCCCAUGCUCCCGUCCACUCGGAACCUCCUGUGGGAAUUCCACCAAGCGUUCAAUCAUAAACUGGCCAGCGUGCUGGACAACCAGGCCUUCCUGUGGAGUGACACAUGACUGC